ACAAAACACAGUGUUCCUAUAAAUCAAAGAGAGAUUUGGUUGUUUGUGACUGACUCCACAUUGCAAAACGUGGUUCAUACGAUUCCAAAAGUUGUUGCUGUGUCAGUCGCUGCAUCGUGCGUUCUCAGUACGGAAAUCACAGAAGCCCUCGGUGUUGCCUCGCGACUCGUCUUCUUCAAGGACGCGCUGUGGGGGAACGGUAGGAUUAUUUGUGUUGAACGUACUGUUCUCUUAUUACAAAAGACUCUUUUGUCCUCGGCUGCCGGUGCUGACCUCAGUGAGCUGACUGGCCCUGUCAGACUCGAUGAGCUGGAUUCUACAACACAGACCAACUCCGUUUGUGCUGUAAGAGGUACCGUUGUUGGAGUUAAUGAGAGCACUGCUUUCUCCUGGCCUACAUGCGACAGAUGUGGCAAUGGAAAAUUGGAACCGUGUCCCCAGGACAGAGGAUUGCUAUAUUGCAACCGGUGCUCCGAAGUUGUCAUUUCACCAGUUUUGAAAAUGCAGCUGGAAGUCUUCUUGAGUUGUCCGUCCCGAUCUCAGAGCACAGUAAAAGUAAAGCUCUUACAAAGGACAAUCUCUUCUCUCCUGAUGUCCUCUGCCUGUGAGGAUGGGAGCUACGAGGUGCAGAGCGUGCUGGGAAAGGAGGUGGGGUUACUGAACUGCUACGUCCGCUCCGUAACCGGCCACCCCGACUGUGUCGCGCUGGAGGAGAUCGUUCUUCUGGAAGCAGCGGCGAGACGCUGA